AUGUCAGGCGGUCGUUGUUGUGUUUCAGAAUACGGUCUGAUGUGGGAUGAGAUCCCACUACACAGAUGGCGAGAGGCAUGGCGGGAGACGUUAGAUGGUCGCAUGGAGGAUUACAAGGUCCUCAAAGUAUGCAGUACACACUUUGAUCAGAAGAAGGAUAUGAGAGACUAUAAGGGAGGAAAAAUCCUUAGAAUAGGCAGACUCCCUAAGCUGAAACUCUCUAAACGGAAGGCUAGUUCCUUUGUGGUGGAAAACAGGCCGGUAGAUGGCACACCGGGACGUGAAUCAAAUCCGAUCAGCAGUUAA